GGCUUCGCCUCCCCUCCCCCUCAGCUCGGCAUCCAGCGGCCCGCCGGCCGCCGCGUCCUCCGGCGGCUGUGGGAUGGGCUGUCGCCUGCAGCUGCUGCAGGCGGUGGACACGGAGUACACGGCGGACUCGGUGGAGUGGUGCCCGUUGGAGGGCUGCCGGCGCCUGCUGGCCUGCGGCACCUACCAGCUGCGGGCGCCGGAGGGCGAGAGUGAACUGGACGCUGCCAAGCCUCAGACCCGCUUAGGUCGUCUCUACCUGUACACUUGCAAGGAGGACCUCGCUGCGUGCUCCCUGGCCGAGGUCCAGAGGAUAGACACCAAUGCCAUCCUGGACAUGAAAUGGUGCCACGUCCCGGUGGCUGGCCAUGCCGUCUUGGGUGUGGGAGACGCUGCUGGGUGCAUACAGCUGUUCCAGCUGGUGGGAUCCGAGGGGACCCUGCGGCGGGCGGCCAGCUUGGCCCUGGACGAGCAGUGUCUGGCCUUGUCGCUGGAUUGGUCCACUGGGAAGACCGGAAGGGCCAGUGGCCAGCCCUUGGAAAUGAUCAGCAGCGACUCCAAGGGGCAGCUGCACCUGCUGAAGGUGGACGCGGCGGGGCCGGGACUGCAGGCGGCGGCGACCUGGCAGGCCCACCACUUCGAGGCCUGGGUCGCGGCUUUCAAUUACUGGCAGACGGACAUCGUGUAUUCAGGGGGGGACGAUGGCUUUCUGAAGGGCUGGGACACCAGGACACCCAGCACAUCUGUGUUCAACAGCAAGAGGCACUCGAUGGGCGUGUGCAGCGUGCAGAGCAACCCCCACCGGGACGGCAUCCUGGCCACGGGGAGCUACGAUGAGCAUGUCCUCCUCUGGGACACCCGGAACAUGGAGCAGCCGAUAGCAGACGUGCCCGUGCAGGGCGGCCUGUGGAGGCUCAAGUGGCACCCCCGGCACAGCCACCUGCUCCUGGCGGCCUGCAUGCAUGGUGGCUUCAGCGUCCUCGACUGCAGACAGGCCCUCGAGGAGAAGCAGGCCGCGUGCACGGUGUCUCUGUCCCACGUGCUGCCCAGCUCGUUGGUGUACGGAGCCGACUGGUCCUGGCUCACCUGCCGUCGGCCGCACCCCCAGCAGCUUUCCCGACCAGGCUCCUCUCCCUGCAGCGACCCAGCUGCCACAGCAGAUGAUGCGGCUGCAGGCCAGUCGCCGGAGCCUCCCACUCUUGGUCGUGCAGCAGACGGCAGGAGAGGGAGUGGCACCGAGCCCCAGGACGAAAGCAAGGGAAGGGCUGCUCCCCCGCCGUCCACGGAGGGCCAGCCGCACGCCCCAGGGGCCAGGCUCUGUGACUCUGGCCGGUGUGCGGAGGCAGCGGACUGUGCCCCCAACCUCUUCGCCACGUGCUCCUUUUACGACCACGUCCUUCACCUCUGGAAGUGGGACCGGGCACCGGAGCCAGGGAGCAGAGGGCUUGGUUGGAACCCGUGAAGACCACGCCUGUGGAUGAGCCGCCCUCACACCGUCGCGCCGAGGGGCUCACCGCAGUCCCUGUGGCUCACAGUGCGGGGCUCGCUGCGUGCGGGGGGCCCAGCGUGGGCAGCCAGCAAGGCCGUCGGCGCCCUGCGCUGGGCCUGGCCGCGGGGCCCUCGCGGAGGGCUCCUGCAGGGCCGUGGGGGCCUGUCCCGGUUCUCAAACUUCUUAGUUUUAUGUGGGUUCAGAUUUCACUUCUUUAAGCAAUAUUUGUAGCA